AUGGGUAUUCAGACACACGUAAUUGAUUCCGCAGAGACUCUAGACGAUCAACCACGAGCGAUCCAUUAUGGAACCGCCGCUGUCCAUGAACUGGCUCGUGCUGGAGUACUGGAUGAUAUCCAAGCCGAGGGACUGAUUUGUCGGAAUUUCUGCUGGCGCAAACUGGACGGAGAGGUCAUCGCUGGCUUAGAUAGUACUUUACUUGACGGCACUUUGGACCAAGUCACCUGUCUUCCGCUCAACCAAGUCAGCAAGAUCGUCAUGAAGCACAUCUUGGAGCAGCCAACAGCAAGAGUGUCGUGGGGUCACAACGUUACCGACAUUGGACAAACUGAUGAAGAAGCUUGGGUCGAAGUGGAAACAUGCAAAGAGACUAAACGUCUCACAGCCGAUUAUAUUGUGGGAUGCGAUGGAGCUAGAAGCAUUGUGCGGCGUAAGCUCUUUGGCGUGGACGACUUCCCUGGACACACUCUGGAAGAACAGAUCGUCGCCACGAAUACCUACUACGACUUCGACAAGUAUGGUUAUCAGGAUUCAAAUUCCAUCAUCCACCCUGAGCACUGGCAUAUGGCUGCCAGAAUUUCCAACGAUGGUCUGUGGAGAGUUUCGUAUGGCGAACUUGCCGGACUCUCACGCGGGGACGUCAUUGCUCGUCAGCCCGAGAAAUCCAUGCGCAUCUUGCCUGGUAGCCCCUCACCUGGCCAAUACCAGCUAGUCAACAUAAGUCCUUACCGGGUCCAUCAACGUUUGGCCAGAAGCAUGCGAGUUGGGAGAUUUCUUCUUACCGCUGACGCUGCCCACCUAUGCAACCCCUUCGGAGGUUUAGGACUCACAGGUGGAAUCGUUGACGUGGCAGGUCUGUCUGACCGUCUUAGCGGCAUCUAUGAUGGCAAUGCCGACGAAUCAAUUCUGGAUGAAUAUAGUAGAAUUCGUCGGGAAAAGUACUUAUCCAUGGUCAACCCUAUCUCGCUUGAGAACAUCGGUCGACUGCAUAGCUAA